AAGGGAAAAAAAAGAAAAACAUAUAUAAGUGUCUCUUUAAAGAAUGGGGAGGAAAAAGGGAAAACUUUUCUGGUCACGUGACGGUCACAUGAUCGCCCGCUCCGCUCCCUCCUCCCCCACUAUCCAUCAUGGCGUCUCCUCAGGAAGCUCUGUUUUGCACUCGGUCGAUUCGGCGAGCCGUAUUUCUCUUCCCUUUCUUCUGGACUCUCAUUCACAGCUCUGGGAAUGAUGUGGAACCCUGUCGCAACCUCCGACCCGGACAGUAUCUUUGCAAAAGCCCUAAAAUAGAUGAUGUGACUCAAGAACCUGAGAACUGCAAGGAUCUAGGGGCAUUGGUGGAAUGCCUUCCUGCCCCAAACAUCAGCUGCUUGCUGCAAAACGGGACCAGGUUCAAGUUCAGCGGGGAGGAGGUUGGAUUUAAUAAAACCAUCCCAUGUCGAAAUGUGACUGGCUAUUCAUAUAAAGUGGCAGUGGCUUUGUCUCUCUUCCUGGGAUGGCUGGGGGCAGAUCGCUUCUAUCUGGGUUAUCCAGCUCUCGGGCUGCUAAAGUUCUGCACUGUGGGUUUCUGUGGAAUCGGAAGCCUGGUGGACUUCAUCUUGAUAUCAAUGCAGAUCGUAGGUCCAUCAGACGGUUCGGAUUACAUCGUGGAUUACUACGGCGCGAGGCUCGUUCGGCUCUCCAUAACAAAUGAGACAUUCAGGCGGACACAGAUUUCUCUCUGAGGAGGUGGACGCAGAUGACAGGACAAAAACCCUGACUUCCAGGAUUGUGUCGUAUCAAUCUCAGCCUUUCAUCUUUUUUACGUACAUGCCAGACACCUCUGUGUGUAUAAGAGAGAAAUAGAAGAGGAGUUUGGACUGCUGAGGAGUGCAAAUAGAGACCUAGAGACAGAGUCUGGCUUGGGUUCUACGAAGUGGAUCAGCCCACCCGCAUUCCUGCUUCUCGUCUGGUCCUCACAAUCCAUCCACUGAACUGAAAGUCCUUUAUAGAUGUGCAAUGUAAAUUAUUCAUCCACGUUAAAUAUCCACAGAUAUCGCACAAGCUCAUGAUAUGAUUCAUGAUUCAGUCACACUGAAAAGUGCAUGCACUAUUUACGGACAAUGUCUCUGAGAUUUUUGGUUACUUGUGUUAUAUGGUAAAAGGAAAACCUUUUUUCCCCUGAAAUGUUGUUCUGUAUUGACAUUAUUUAAAUUAUGUAAAUAAAGUUUUAUUUAUCUGUC